AGAGCUUGAGAGCAGUGGAAAUGCUAGCCCAUAUAUUAUAAAAAGACUUCAUUUCUAUCUCUGUAAUUAUAUAAAGUUCCACUUCCAACCCAAUAGCUGGAGACGCAAAAAAGGGGAGAAGCAGAGAGACACAGACAGAGUUAUAUGCAGGAAAUGGAUGCGGCAGAGAAUAAGGAUGAGAAAGCUACCACAACUGAUCAUACGCCUACAGAGGUCAAGUACAGAGGAGUUAAAGCCAUGCCCUUUGUCAUAGGGAAUGAAACUUUUGAGAAGCUGGGGACUAUCGGCACCUCAUCCAACCUGCUGGUGUAUCUGACCACUGUGUUCAACAUGAAGAGCAUCACAGCGACAACUCUUGUCAACACCUUCAAUGGCACCACCAACUUCAGUCCCCUGCUCGGAGCUUUCCUCUGUGACACCUACUUUGGUCGCUAUAAGACUCUGGGAUUUGCUUCGGUUGCCUCUUUUUUGGGAAUGCUGAUGUUAACGCUAACAGCGGCAAUCUCAGAGCUGCACCCUCCCCAGUGCAUAAAAGUAGAGAAUGGCACAUGCCCACAGCCUACCCCAUGGCAAAUGGCUUUUCUCCUAGGCGGAUUUGGGCUGCUGGUAGUUGGUGCUGGCGGAAUCCGGCCAUGCAACUUGGCCUUUGGAGCUGACCAGUUCAAUCCUGAAACCGAAUCCGGUAAGAGGGGUAUCAGCAGCUUCUUCAACUGGUACUACUUCACCUACACUUUUGCAAUGAUGGUAUCAUUGACGAUCAUCGUCUAUGUCCAAUCCAAUGUGAGCUGGGCUCUUGGCCUUGCUGUUCCUGCAUUUCUUAUGCUCUUAUCGUGUGCAUUCUUCUUCAUCGGUACGAAAAUAUAUGUGAAAGUGAAGCCAGAAGGUAGCCCUUUAACAAGUGUGGCACAGGUCAUAGUGGCUGCAGUCAAGAAAAGGCAUUUGAAGUUGCCAGAGCAGCCAUGGUUAUCCCUUUUUAAUCAUUUUCCCACCAACUCCAUCAAUUCCAAGCUUCCUCACACAGAUCAAUUCAGAUUUUUGGAUAAAGGGGCAAUCCGAACCCCCAACGACGAACUCAACCUAGAUGGAUCAGCAGCCAAUCCAUGGAGACUUAGCAGUAUGCAGCGAGCCGGAGAGGUAAAGUGUUUGAUAAGAGUGAUUCCGAUAUGGUUUGCAGGAGUCGUAUACAGCGUUGCAAUUGUCCAACAGCAAACCUACGUGGUAUUUCAAGCCCUCCAGGCCAACAGGCGGCUAGGAAUUGGGAGUUUCAGGCUCCCAGCAGCGUCCUACAUUGCCUUCUCCAUGCUCAGCCUCACCAUCUGGAUACCCAUGUAUGACCAAAUCAUAGUCCCAUUUGUCCGAAGGUUCACGGGGCUAGAAGGCGGCAUUACUAUCCUCCAAAAGAUAGGCAUUGGCUUGGUUCUUGCAGUUGUCACCAUGUUUGUGUCAGCCUUGAUCGAACAUUGGAGACGAACUCUAGCUCUCACUGACCCAAUUGGGACAGAUCCAAGAAGGGGUGCCAUUUCUUCCUUGUCGGCUAUGUGGUUGGUGCCUCAAUUGACACUUUCAGGUCUCUCUGAAGCAUUUGCAGUUGUCGGCCAAGUUGAAUUCUACUACAAGCAAUUCCCGGAAAACAUGAGAAGCAUUGGCGCAGCUUUCCUGUUUUGUGGCUUUGCGGGAUCUAGUUAUUUGAGUACCUUCUUGGUAUCAAUAGUUCACCACAUUACUGGCAGAAAUGGAAAGGGAAAUUGGCUGGCAGAAGAUCUUAAUGAAGGGAAGCUGGACUACUUCUACUACCUAGUAGCUGUUCUAGAACUCUUCAAUUUAGGUUACUUUCUCCUGUGUGCUAAGUGGUACAAGUACAAGGGAACUGGGGGCAACAAUGUCGAAGUGCCCAUGGAGAAAAUGCAGUUUGAAAAGCCUAUGGUUUGACACCUAAAUGGUCAUAUGGAAAUGUAAAUGCAUUAGGCAUUGACCACAUGUUAAGGAUUCUGUUGAAACUAUUUUCAAGGAUCACGGAACUGAUCACAACAAUAACUUAAAUUCAAAUAAUGAAGAUAUCUCAACAAUCUCUUAAAUUCAAAAAAUGAAGAUAUCUCAACAAUCUUUUGUAUUUAAAUAUUAUGCUGUAAUCUAGUAUAUUUAGUCACAAUCUCUUGUAACAAACUCCUCUGUUUACAUUCUAUAUAUAGCAAUGUAAACUCCUGUAAUAAGUAAGGAGAUAAUAUACCAAUAUUUGUGUAUUCAAA